AACGGUCAUUUACUUAUCCACUCAGCCGCUCGUUUGCCUUUUCAUCGCUCCACCUUUCACCUUCGCAUUCCGUUCGAACUUACCAAGUCGGCACGUCCGGGGUAGCUGCUACUCUGUGACUUUGCGUUUCGUGCGUCCGUUGUUCGUGCUUCCGCGUGUAAGAGAGAUAUCGGGGAGCGACGCGGAACCUUUUGUGGUGCUGUUGUUACCUGAUUAUUGAAGUUUAAUGAAAGUUGAAAAUCCCUCGUGAGCUGCUAUUAGCUUUGGUUCUGCUUUCACAUUCACACCAUCUGUCUCAUUCGUAUCAUCUCUCUUCCGCUUUUUCUCUGUAUUUGUGUGUGUGUGUGUGCGUUGGUGGCUUGGUCUAUUUCGGGUUCGGUCGGCGAGUUUUGUGCUGCUUAUACUGGCGGUUGGUGCGAUUCUGGAGGAGGUGCUUCUUCUUUCUGCCGUUGGCGUUUUGCAUCUCUGUGUCUGACGGACGAUAUGGACAGUUUAUGGAAGGAGACGUAUAUGGUUGGCACGGAGUGGGAUCAAUACGAUUCAGUGUUCCAGUAUGACUGGGACUUCUCGCAUUUGGAAGAAGCUUUCGACGAGGGAGGAGCUCUUCAUGGGCAAAAGGUGUAUCUGUUCGGCUGCACGGAGCCUCAACUCGUGCAUUAUAAGGACAAGUCUCGAGUCAUUCACAUUCCCGCGGUGGUGGCCGUCACUUCUCCGUUCCCGCCGUCGGAUAAAAUCGGCAUAAAGUCCAUUCAGAUGGAGGAGGAGAUGGUCGUGCCCAUGAAGGAAAUGAAGAUGGGAUGGGUGCCGUACGUGCCGGAGGAGGACGAGUUCAAGCCCAUCGAGCGCGUGAAGACGCAAAUCUUUACCCUCAAGUGCACCCAGAGGAGAGCUGCUUUGAAACAGCUGAAGAAGGAGCGGAUCAAGAAGUACGAGUACUGCUUGCCAUACAUUUAUCAGCCGAUGAAAGAGGAGGAGGUGGAAGUUGACACGGUUGUGUCCAUCCUGUUUGAGGUCGAUGGAGGCGCUGUCCCACCUAUAAUCUGCGACUUCGAUUGGGAGUUCGACGAAAUGGAGGAGUUCGUGCAGGACAAGAUCGACGACGGAGCGUUGGACGACAAGUACAGAAAAGAGUUCGCUACUUUCGUCCGCAAUGAAGUCAACGCGGCCAAGCGAAAGGCGAAAGAAGCCAAGGAGGCAAGGAAGAAGGCCAUUGCAGAUAUGACGCCCGAAAUGAGGGAAUCAUUGGAAAAAAUGAGGUUCUACAAGUUUUACCCUAAGCCAUCUGAAGGUACGCCAAAUGUGGAGAAUUUCAAGGCGUCCUACAUCAACAGGUACUAUGGAAAAGCUCACCAAGUGUUCUAGUCAACGCACUCGUUCUGUUGAUUCGUGAGAAGAUUGAGAGAAACGGGUGAUUAGUAGAUCCAUUGAUUGAUUGAUAUGCUUUGAUCGACAGGCAAGGUUGAUAGAUGAACAUAUUGAUUGAUUGGUUUCUAGAUUGGCCUGUCCAAGAUUUGUUAGAUUAGAUUAAUUGAUGUUUAGAUUGCUUGAUCAGCGUACAGAAUCUUGGGUCGAUAGGGCAGGGAGGGUUGGUGGUUUUCUGAUUUGGAUGAAAAUCAACGUGUAGGGCUGCG